AACAUAAACUGCAAAACUUAAUGAACAUAAUAGUAGAAGACGACGACCCUUUCUCUCAAAGCCGAGAAUCGAAUCGGCAAAGUUAACAGAUUCGGCGUACCAUCUACUUGUCUCCGGCGAGAUCUCGAUUUGAUCCUUCACGGUGGCGUCGACGUCCGGGCAACAACAAGCUCUCUCGAGAAGAAAGCCGCCAUCAUCAUCAUUGUCUUCUUCAUCUCCUCCUCCUUCCUCAGCUUCGUCUGUACGAACUCCUUCGGCGAGGAAAGCGAGUCCGGAAUAUCCAUUUUGGCAGCAGAACUGGUUUAUCGGUCUGCUCUUCUUGAUGGCUUUGGGAUUCUUCUGUCUCGCGAUCUUCCUUUACCUAAGCCUCGAUCCGGAUUCCGGCUACACGACGUCUGCCUCCGCCGCUUCCUCUGGUAAAGAAGGUGUCGAGAUUACUUAUGGUAGUGCGAUUAAGCUGAUGCACGAGAAAACUAAGUUUCGAUUGCAUUCUCACGAUGUGCCGUAUGGAUCCGGCAGUGGUCAGCAAUCAGUCACUGGGUUUCCAGGCGUCGUUGAUUCCAACAGCUAUUGGAUCGUUAAACCUGUGCCUGGGACAACAGUCAAGCAAGGUGAUGCGAUCAAGAAUGGCGCAACCAUUAGAUUGCAGCACAUGAAGACCAGAAAGUGGCUCCACAGUCACCUACAUGCAUCUCCUAUAUCAGGGAACUUAGAGGUUAGCUGCUUUGGAGAUGAUUCAAAUUCCGAUACUGGGGAUCACUGGAAGCUAAUUAUCGAAGGGAGCGGGAAGACAUGGAAACAAGACCAAAGAGUCCGACUUCAACAUAUAGACACUAGUGGCUACCUCCAUAGCCAUGACAAGAAGUACCAACGUAUAGCUGGUGGUCAGCAAGAGGUCUGUGGAAUCAGGGAGAAGCGGGCGGAUAACGUUUGGUUGGCAGCAGAAGGAGUUUACCUUCCCCUCAAUGAGAGCAGCAAGUAAAUGUGAAAUGUGUGUUAACUUCUCUGGAGGACUUUGGAAUCAUCUUUUACUCUCUAAACUCAUAAACAAGAGAAAUAGAGUUAUAUAUUUUGCUGAUUUUCAAGAUCGAGAAUACUUUUAGUCGCACGAAUAUAUAUUGUUUUGGUAGAUGUUGUCUUUAAGGUUUUGUUGAGAAUAACCAUGAUUUUAUGAAUCAAAUAUACCUUAACAAUGAAUGAUUUCUCACAC